CACCGUGCUCAGCAGGGUUGAAUGGAAGCCAGGGUCGGGACGUGGGCCGGCGUUGGGGCCACAUCGGCGGCCCAGACCCGAGACUGACUAUAUGGCCCUUAGAGGGCCAGAGGGACCCAUCUGCGGCUGAAUAAAGCUUUCUGGGAAGCGACCCAAACCUCUCUGAAAACUUUUGCGAAGCUCUUGAGUUUGCACAAGUUCCGGGAGUACUGCAGUGAAAUUGAAGAAAUGACAAAAGUGUGGGCAGCCUGUUCCCAGAGGCCAGAUACAGGCCGAUCUGUCCCGGAAUCUACUUUGGAAGGCUCCCUCGUGACCAGCAUGGUGCCCUCAGAGUGCCAUGAGAGCCUCUGUGAGCCAUGGCACUCGUCCGGCCGAGCUGGCGGUGGGCCAGAUGGGUGAAGCCACCCGCCAUCCUGGAGACCCCCUGGCAGGAGCAGGUGCGCUCUGGGAGGCCCUCAGGGCACUCCUGCCGGACAGUAAAGAAGACCUGAAGCUGGACCUUGGCGAGAAAGUGGAGAGGAGCGUGGUGACCUUGCUGCAGCAAGCCACCGCGCUCUUCUACGAGGGCCGCAGGGACGAGUGUCUGCAGAGCAGCGAGGCGAUCCUGGACUACUCCUGGGAGAAGCUCAACACGGGGCCGUGGCAGGACGUGGACAAAGACUGGCGACGGGUCUACGCCUUCGGCUGCCUUCUCAAAGCCCUGUGUCUCUGCCAGGUGCCCGGGGAUGCCGCCGCUGUGGCUGCAGCCCUGAGGGUCUGUGACAUGGGCCUGCUGAUGGGGGCGGCCAUCCUUGGGGACGUCCUCCUUAAAGUCGCCGCCAUCCUCCAGACACACCGCCCUGGGAAAAGGCCCGCCCGCAGCGCAACCCGGGAGCAGCCCAGCACAAAGAAAGCAAAGGAUGACCACGGUUCGAUUCCAGAUCUGCAGUUAGAAAGAGCAGUGCCCCGGCUUCACUGUCCGUCCCUCGAGCACUUCCAGAAGCACUUUUUGGCCCCACAGAGGCCUGUGAUCCUGGAAGGUGUGGCUGACCACUGGCCGUGCAUGAAGAAGUGGAGCUUGGAGUACAUCCAAGAGGUCGCUGGCUGCCGCACCGUCCCCGUGGAAGUGGGUUCCAGGUACACAGACGAGGAGUGGUCCCAGACGCUCAUGACGGUCAGCGAGUUCAUCAGCAAGUACAUCGUGAGCAAGCCAAGGGACAUCGGCUACCUUGCCCAGCAUCAGCUCUUCGACCAGAUCCCAGAGUUGAGGCAGGACAUCAGCAUCCCUGACUACUGCUGCCUGGGCACCGGGGAGGAAGAAGAGAUCACCAUUAAUGCCUGGUUUGGUCCCCAAGGCACUGUCUCCCCACUCCAUCAGGACCCGCAGCAGAACUUCCUGGCCCAGGUGAUGGGGAGGAAGUACAUCCGGCUGUAUUCGCCGCAGGAGUCGGAGGCUUUAUAUCCUCACGACACGCACUUGCUUCAUAACACGAGCCAGGUGGACGUGGAGAACCCCGACCUAGAGAAGUUCCCCAAGUUUGCCGAGGCACCGUUCCAGUCCUGCGUCCUGUCCCCGGGAGAGAUCCUGUUUAUCCCAGUUAAAUACUGGCACUACGUGCGGGCUCUGGACCUGAGUUUCUCCGUCAGCUUUUGGUGGUCGUAGCCUGGGUGAGAGCUGAAAGGGCCCGAAACGCAAACAGCCAUCACUGAUUCAGUCGUCCCCUGCUCUGCCCAACCUGGCGCCAGGUCUUGGAGUCUAGGGACAAGCACAGCUGAACCUGUGCCCUGAGGAAGCCAUUCCUGCCCAGGGGCUGGGCCGCAGCACGCGGCAGGCGCAGAGCGGGCAGAGUCCCUGAAGGACACCCCAGGCAGCCCAAUGCAGCCUACAGCAUUGAGAGGCCUCACAAGUCCCGCAGACGGGCGGCCCAUGCAGUGGUGCGACACGGGCUCUGCCACCACUGCUGCCCUCAAACCCCGCCUCAUGCCUAACUGCGGUAUGAUUUGGCCAAGACACCUCCCUCCACUGUGCCCGUGUCUCCUCUGGAAAGCAGGACUCAGGAGGUGGCAUGUGCGGCGGCAGCGCCCUGCUGCAGCGGGAACCUCAGCUGCUGAUCCUCAGAUCCUUCCUUCCUCGCCGUAACCGAGCCCGUGGGACGCCGCAGCCCGCAGACUCUGGAGAGUGUCGCAGCCCCAGCCACGGCAGAGGGUCCUCACUACCGUGCUCAGGAGCUCCCCCUACUGCUGGGCAGCGGGAGCCUCGUGCCGGCCUCCUCGCUGAGGGGCAGCCUGCCCGCAGAGACGCGCAUAGGUCUCUGGCUUGAUGAAUUUUCCACUGUGCACACACCCACUACAGGUCCCAGAGUGAAGAAACCACCAUCACCAGCGCCUGGAAGCCCCCUCUUGUCCCCUUCUAGACGCUGUUUCCCAGGAGUAACUACACUUUAGGGGAGGCUUAGGCCAGGGAGAAACCUGGGCUUCAGGCGUCUAUAAACUUGUUUGUAAACAAAACACACUGGUUUGUUUUGUUUAUGUUUUGGCCAUUAAGACUUUCCCUAGCUCUCUGACCAAAGACAGGCAUGUCCCCCACAGCAGGCACCAGAGAAGCCCCCUCCCCACUGGGCAGGAGAACCAGAGAUUGGUCAUUUCUACAGUGUUAUCUGGAGUUUGACAACAUCCAUCACCCAAGUGACCGUGAUGUAGAGUAAUUCAUUCUAAACCAAGCACAAAAGAAAACAUUUAAAAUCUAAUAAAGCUAAAAAAAAUGUUAUGACUCGCUAAUACUCAAAGAUAUGCAAAUUGAAACAAAGAUACCAAAUUGGCCAGAAACUUCCCAGCUCUCACACCCACUGUAGCAGAGGGUGGGAUGUCCUGCUGGCGGGAGCUUAGCCUGGCUGGAGUUUUGUAAAAACUCAGAACCUUGAACAUUUGGGCAUACCUUGGGGUCUAGUGACCCCACUGCUUGAAACCCAUCCUAAGGAAAUAGCAGAAAGACAGGCAAGGAUGCUUGUGCAGGAUGACAUCGUGGCACCAGUUGUAAUAACAAGAAACGAGACAUCCUGAAUCGUGCCGGUAAGAAAUGGCCCAUCGGUACAGAGGAAUAUUAUUUAGCUAUUAACACUCAGAAGUCUUAAAGUCAUGAAGAAAUGCUGUGUCAUGUUGAGUAAAAUGCACUACAUUCAGAUGCUACCUGUAUACGUGUGUGCAUGUGCACACAUUACCACACGUGUGUGUAUAUAUGUGUGUGUCCCAAAGAUAUAUUUGUGUGUAUCCCAAAGGAAGUGCUCCAAAUAAAUUGUGGGUAUGUUUAGGCCAGUAGUAACACUA